AUGAAAAAUAUUCGACAACCGCAAAAAUCCGGAAAUCCGAAAAAUCUGGCAACCCUGGAUUACACAUUCGUUGUUAAACAGAUAUUACAAAAAACUACACCAACCGUUCAGUUAUCUCCAACGGGUACAACACCAGUACAUGAUCGUUCUUUACCCAGGAAAAUUCAUAAACUGGUAGGAUGUUCUCAACCGCUCUUUAAUGUACACCAGCUUGAAGCAAAAUGGCCUGGACUUAUUCGUAUGUGGGUUCUAUUUUAUGUCAAAUAUCUAAAGUUUGGAGCAGUAAGUAUCUAUGAUAUUGAUGGAAGCACCGAGCCGUACAUCAGUGAACUAGUUGAAAAAGGAUUUAUUAACUACUACAAACGUUGGUCACCGACUGAAUCUAUGCUUAAUAUCAGCUUAAAUGGGUCAACUUAUUGUGCUCAAACUAUGAUGGAAAACCAAUGUUUAUGGAAACACCGUGGUUUAAGUGAAUGGGUUAUGUUGAUUCAUUCGCCAGACAAUUUUUUGAAUGAUUUUGCAGGAGCUCCAACUUUGACUGCUUAUCUUGACAGUAUUCAGCAUAACACAUCAUUAACGUUACUUACAACAUUAAUAUUCGGACAUCCAAACAUUACUAUUCCAAAACAACAGCAUGCAAACAAUUUAUUUAAAAUUAUUGUUAGUCGUGCUUGUGAUCCACUCCGUUCACAUAGACAUCUUCCAGUAGCGAAUCCUCGCGAAGUGAUGAUGUUGUUUGUGCAUAAUGCCAUGGCACCAUUUCACAAACUUCCAACUACCAUCAAUAAUUGCUCAGCGAAAGUGAAUCAUUAUGUAACUAUGUUUCGUGUUCGAUCAACCGAUACAUCCGAGAGAAACAAGACAUUCUGUAAUGAUAAUACAUUGUAUAAAAAAUCUAGAUCCUAUCUAUCACUGUUAAGAGAUGACUAUGACGCCAUUAACGAAAAUAAAACAGCAUAG